CCCGGCAAAAUGGCCACAACAAUCAGCGGCGGCACGAUGGAGUCGGACGAUUUGUCGGACACAAUGAACGACUUUCUUCCGCUGCUGCCGGAAAACAUCAAACAGGAGCUGUUCGAUGCCACCGACAAAGGCAAUCUGUGCGACAGCGUGGAGAACAAGAUUGAUGCACCGGAGACGGCAAACCAAUCACCGGCGCCUACUAUGUGCGUCUGGUGUUCCCAGACCCUCACAACCAACGACCGCCCGAAGCUGCUCGAGUGUCUGCACAUUGCCUGCCACGCGUGCGUGAAGCAAAAGUUCACCGAUCAGCUCGGCAGCUCCGCUCUGGUGUGCCCGGUCUGUAAGAUGGAAAGCCGACUUGACCACAUCAUAGACAACGUUUUCCUGAGCGAGACGACGACAGCCAGCAGUGGGGGUGAGGACAACCCGGGCAGCGUCGAGUCGACCAAGGAUCUCAUAAAGUGCGGUUGCUGCACUGAGGAUGCGAUCGCUACGUCGUGGUGCGUCCAGUGCAGCGAAUUUAUUUGUGACAGCUGUGUGCACGCCCAUCAGCGACUUAAGAUUACCAAGGAACACACGAUCAAGUCGAAGGAGGCUGCUUUCAGCGAGCAGUCGGGAAAGAUAAUGUGCCACGUGCAUCCACAGGAACAAUUAUCUCUCUACUGUGAAACGUGUGAUCUCCUAACGUGCCGGGACUGCCAGCUGGCGGAUCACCGGGAUCACAAGUACAAGUUUGCGCACGAAAUUGCGAGUGAAACGCGCGACACCCUAAGCGGGUUGCUCAGCGAGAUCAGCUACAAGAAGGUCCUGCUGUCGAGCGCGAUGAAAGUGAUCGACGAUCGGCAAGCACUGAUCACGGAGAAGAAAAAGGAAUUGUCGAAAGAGAUCGCUGACCUGGUGGUAAAGCUAACGAACGCGGUGAAUCAACGGGGCAAGCAGCUCGUCUACCGAUUGAAUCAGGUGUGCGACACCAAGCUGCAGGUAUUGAACGAGAAAAAGGAAGCGCUACAAUUACUGUCCGGCCACACGGACCACUGCAUCGAGUUCGUGCAGACGGCGCUCGAUAAGGGCAGCGACAGUGCGGUGCUGUACAGCAAGAAAACACUCGCCCGCCACCUGCAGAAGGUGAAGAGUCAGCGGGCGGACAUUCCCAAUCCGGAGAUUCCCGUGCGCGUCCAGCUGUUGCUGUCCAACGUGCAGGACCUACAGAAUGUUAUUGCCCGCAUCGGCACCAUUCUGGUGGACGGGAAAAUCUAUCCGCCACCGCUGUCACCUGCCAACAGCGGUCCACAGGGAACGUCACCCAGCGGUGGUCCCAGUGGCACCGGUGGACCGGCACCGCCACAGAGUCGCAGCAAACAGCCCAGUCCCAACAUAACGCCGCCCCUGCGACCCGGCAUGCCCGGGCCGGGCAUGACGACACUCUCUUCCAACGGUCCCGGUCUGUCGUCGAGCGGGCCCGGUUUCUCACCGGUACCGCCGAUGUACAACGGCAACGGAGGUGUGCCGGUGGGUGGACCGUUUCCACCGGGCCACCCGAUGAGUCGCUCGUUCCCACCGGAGAACGGCCCGGGACCUGGAUCCGGUUUCGGGCGGUUCCCGAUGGGACCACCGCACGGGAUGCCACCUCAGCAGCACGUCAGCUCUUCGACGCACCCCCAAAAUAUGGACCUGAGUUUACGCAAUUUGUUGAACCAAAAGUCCAGCGGCCCGCCGCUGCCACCACCCGGCAUCGGUAGUGGCAGCGUUGGCCAUCUGGUUGGUCCUGGUAGUGGCGGUGGUAGUGGUGGUGGUGGUGGUCUUGGUGGGGGGAUUGGUGGCCCAGGGAACAAUGUUGCUGCCACUGCCAUUGGCAACAAUAGUGCAAUGGCUAAUAAUCAAUUUACUGCCACAGCGAACUUCAUGGCGAGCGUGCCACCGUCCGGGCCCGGUGGACCGUCGUCGCACCGGAUGGGCGGCCAACUCGGUGGACCUCCCGGUAGCUUUCUGGGCGGGCCCGGAAGUUCGCAUCAAAACUUUGGCCCGCAACCACCCGGACCACCGCAGAACAACAGUGGCGGCGUGAUGAGUAUGGGACCGGGCGGACCGGGAGCCGUUGCGGCCCGUUUCCAGAGCUUCCAGCGCUUCACGAUGCUGCCCUCGAUGCGGCACAUGAUGGGCAACAACUCUUCCACAUUACUCUCGCCCAAGCAACAGUCGAUGCGAUGUCCUCCGCCUGGAUACAACCCGAAUUCGCCACAACCCCCGCAGCUGCCACCGCAACUAUCCGGGGGCUCGGGACCGGGCCCGGGGGUCAGUGUUUCCGGUAACCCUGGCGGAGGCAGCGGUGGAAGUCCCAUCGCCAAAUGGCAUAUUCCUCAAAAUAUGCAGUCACAGCAUAACAACGGCUACGGGGGACCAUCAGGACUGCACCUGUUUGGCAGUGGAUCGAACGAGUCGUUCAAGAUUCCUCUCAAAUCACCGGACACCAUCCGCAACUCGAUGUUGCAGAACGGAGCAGGCGGUUCGUCCGUCCUAGGGCUCGGUGGAGGAUCGUCUAGCUCGGGGCACGGCUCGCACGGCAGUUCCUCCACCGUGCACCACCAUCUGCACCACCACCAUUCGUCACACCAGCAGCAUCAACAGCAGCAGCAACAGUUGCAGCAACAGCAGCAACAACAGCAGCAGCAACAGCAGCAACAACAGCAGCAACAACAGCAGCAACAGCAGCAACAGCAGCAACAGCAGCAGCAGCAGCAGCAGCAGCAACAGCAACAGCAGCAACAACAGCAGCAACAACAACAGCAACAACAUUUACAAAGCCAACAGCAACAACAGCAACUGCAGAACCACCUGCAGCAGCUACAAAAUGCACUCCCAAACGUAACCUCUACAAACCCCAAAACACCGAGUCCCAGCACGAACGAGCCUGGCAAAGAUUUUGCUGAAUCGAUCGACAAAACGUGCGAAGACUCAGUGAACGAUCUGAUGGCGACGAUCGCGAAGCUCGAUUCGAACGGUGUACAAGUGUUGCCGGAAGGUCACCGGGGUAAGACGACUUCACCGCAGGUACACAGUUCUACCGACCUCAACACCAGCGGGGGUAGCGUUCUCGGUGCAAACACCAGCGGUAUAAACUUGAACAACAUCAGCAACACUAGCUCCAACAGCAGUGGCGGCAGCGGUGGCGGCGCCGGUACCGGCAGCAGCAGCAGCAGCAGCGCAGUGGUCGUGCUGGACGACAAGAGCAUGCCGAAGGAACUCGACCCAAACGAGGACUGGUGCGCGGUGUGCAUGGACGGUGGGGAGUUGAUGUGCUGUGAUAAGUGCCCGAAGGUGUUCCAUCAGACCUGCCACAUACCCGUGAUUGAUUCGCUGCCGGACGAGAGCGAAACGUGGCAGUGUUUGCUGUGCUACAACUUUGCCGAUCUUCCUGCGGAGCCAACGGGUGAGAAGCGAAAUAUUGGAAUCACGCCUCUGGAGUUGAAAAUUUUGCAGCGAAUCGUGCUGGAACUGUUCUGCCAGUACGAGACCAGCAUGCCCUUCCGGCAUCUCGAGCCGGAGACGAACAAGGGCUAUUAUGAUAUCGUACAAAGCCCCAUUUCAUUGUCGAUCAUUCGCGAGAAGCUGGAAAUGAGCAAUAAUGAUCACUACACCGACGUUGCGUCAUUUAUCGCAGAUGUUAAACGAUUGUUCGAUAACGUCUACCUUUUCUAUCAGGAGGACAGCACCACGUACAAGAGCGCACGAAAGUUGGAGAAGUUCUUCGAACAGCAGGUGCUGAAGUGGCUACCAAAGUACCUCGAGAUGGAUUGCUUCGCCGAUGACUAUCUGCCCAAACCAACCAAACGCUCCCGGAACCGCCAGAGCGACUAACAGUCCCUGCAGCAUGCCGCCGUUGUCCAGAAAGGCACCGAGCAGCAGCAGCAGCAGAAGCAUUUGCCCCUUAACGACACUCAACCGGAAGACCUUUCGUUUCAUUCGACUUCCAACGGACGAUCGAUCAAUUCCGCUCUCGCCGACGAGCGGCCAAGCGAGGAGAAAUGCUUGAAGAUGAAAUUGGAAGUAGACCCAUUGCCAACGCAUGGUACAGAGUUGAUGGAUACUGAUAUGAGUGCUACUAACGAUGCUACUGUUGCUAGUGCGGUGCGCUCCAUCGACGACAGUGUUGGUGAAGGAAGUAGCAGGGAAGCUGAUGAUCCGGCCGUCGGUACCGGGAGGCCUAGUGCACGGGAGACCGAAACGGAAUUGUCGCCAGCGCGGCGGGUUGCUAAUGGAUUGGGACUUGCUACUCAUGUUGCCACCGUCGCCAAAAACACGUCGUCCUCGGGGACGGAGACGACGACGCAAGGGGAACGAACGCAGCGGAGCACAGUAGAGGU